UCUCGGGUGCGCAUGAGUGAGGACAAAGGGUAACGUGGCCAAGCUUCAUCUAUUUAAUCAUCCCUCCUAGCUAACAAAGAGCAAGCUGACCCAAUAGUACAGGAAAGACGACGGUGCUUCGCUUCGAUUGAUCGCCAUGGCCACCACCGUAACCUCGGGUUCAGCCGCCGCGCCGGCGCCGGCGCCACACGUCCUGCUCGUCCCGUACCCAGCGCGAGGCCACAUGCAGCCCCUGCUCCACCUCGCCUCCCGCCUCGCCGCCGCCGGCCUCCGGCUCACCGUCGUCGCCACGACCGCCACUCUCCACCUCCUCUCGCCGCUCCUCGCCGAGCACCCGUCCUCCGUGAGCCCCCUGUCCUUCCCGUCCUUCGAGCACGACACUUCUGGACCGACCUCCGUCGGCGCCGACAUCCACGGCCUGGCCAAGCUACGCGAGCCGCUCGCCGAGUGGGUGCGCGCCCGCUCCGGCGGCGAGGGCAGGGUUGUGGCCGUCCUGUCCGACUUCUUCUGCGGGUGGACGCAGCCGCUCGCCGCCGGGGCGGGCGUCCCGCGGCUGGUGUUCGCGCCGUCCGGCGUGCUCGCCACGGCCGCCACGCACUCGCUCUUCCGCCGCAUGCCGAGGCCGCCGCCAGCGGACGCCGCGGCGGGGAGCGAGUACGCCGUCGAGUUCCCGGGGCUGCCGGGCGCGCCGGCGUUCCCGUGGCGGCAGCUCUCGCGGAUGUACCGGAGCUACGUCGAGGGGCACGGCGGCGAGCACGCGGAGGCGAUCAAUAGCAACUUCCUCUGGAACCUCGAGAGCUCGGCGUUCGUGUGCAACACGAGCCGCGCGCUCGAGGGGAGCUACCUCGAAGCGCAGCCGCUCGAGGACUUGGCGGGGAAACGCGUCUGGGCGGUCGGGCCGGUGGCGCCAGAGUCAGCCGACGACGAAUCCGCCGGCGAGGUUACCAGGUGGCUCGACACGUUCCCGGACGCUGCCGUGGCGUACGUGAGCUUCGGGACCAUGAUGACGCUCCCGCCGCCGCACGCGGCGUCCUUCGCCGCCGCGCUGGAGAGGAGCAGCACGCCGUUCGUCUGGGCCGCCUCCACGACGAUGCUCCCGGAGGGGUUCGAGGAGCGGGCUGCGUCGUCCGGAAAUGGUCUGGUGAUCCGCGGGUGGGCGCCGCAGACGUCCGUGCUGCGGCACCGCGCGGUGGGGUGCUUCGUGACGCACUGCGGGUGGAACUCGGUGAUGGAGGCCGCGGCGGCGGGUGUGCCCAUGCUGGCGUGGCCCAUGGCCGCCGACCAGUUCUUCAACGCGCGGCUGGUGGUGGACGAGGCCCGCGUGGGCGUGCCGGUGAGCCUGGGCGGCUUCGUCCAUGUCCCGGACGCGGACGAACUCGCGGCCGUCCUGGGUGAGGUUGUCGGCAACGGCGAGGCGGGGAGCGAGCUGAGGGCGCGCACCAUGGAGCUGGCCGCGAGGAUGGCGGAGGCUGUGCGAGAGGACGGCAGCUCGCGGCGGGACCUCGACGGGAUGGUCCGCGAGCUGUGGAUGCUUGGAAGUUGAAGACUUGAAGUGGAUCUGUGCGGGCAUGCUCAAUGCAAGUAGCUCAAGUGCUCAACCGAAUGGUCUUAGGAAAAAAAAAAAAUCACCUAGGAUAUUAAUCUCAGUAUCUCGCCGGCGGCAAAGUCCUGGCGGAGAUAGCUGGGCGUCCCGGCGGCAGCCGCUUCCCCGCAGUGCUAUCCCCUCAGCGGCGGCGGGCCUUGGCGAGUGACGGCGGGCUUCGGACUCGGCGGUAGUGCUCUCCCCUCGGCGGCGGUGUGUCCCGGCGGCGGGCCUUAGCGGGCGACUGCGGGCUUCAGCCUCGUUCGGCGGCGCUCUCCCCUCGGCGGCGGUCUCCCCUCAGCGGCGGCGGGCCUUGGCCGGCGACGGCGGGCUUCGGCCUCGUCCGGCGGCGCUCUCCCCUUGCCGCCCCCGACGAGUUCGCUCUUCUCUAACAAAGCCUGGUGUGAUUACUGACAAGGUAAUUGUGCCAUGCAGAGGCGACAAGAAGCUCUACAGGGGCACGAGUCCACCCGAGGUGGAGCGAAUCUCUCACCUUUUCUGAUGAAUCCCCUCACCACCUCACCGCGUUGAGCAUGGCCUAACCAGUAUGAGUUAUAUACUGUCCUUGUCCCACGGUU